CGCGCCAAGGGGGCAGCAGGAUGGGGCAAGAGCCUCACUUGAAUUAGUGUAUUCCAAAGAGGAGGGGUGAGGGAGAUGGUUCUAAGAAUCUGCCUCUGCUAGGAGAGUGGGAGGCGGGGGAUACCUUGGCCCACAGUUUCCGGACAAGGAGGGCGGUGGUGCUGCUGCUGGACUUCGCUUUCUCCAUUCUUGCUUUCUCGGAGAGGCUGGCUGGCUGAUUAUUCUAGGACCGGUCCAGGUCUCAAAUUCUGGGACUGAGUCAGGCCGUGUUUUCCCUCUGUCCCUGGGAGCGGAGCGAACUACUCUAAUCGCCGGCUCUGGAUCCGGUUCCUUAACCGGACCGCGUUUUCUCUGUGUCCCUGCGGCAGAGCCGGUGGCUGGGGUUUCAGUGCCUUCUAGAGCCAGGAGCCUGGAGCAAAGAGGGUUCGAAUCUCAGAGAGGGAAGAGGCUGCUGUGCCAUCGGAGAGCUGAAACCUCGAAGCCCGGUCCCAGACCCAGGACCCGGUGGGCUGGCAAGGAACGAGAGCCGGCGCCAACAUGAGCCGGCCCUCUCAGCCCUGCUGAAGCUUCAUGGCAGCAGCCCAGAGACCUCCCCGAGCCAGUGACACUGCCCUCCACGCCAUGGGCAGCGUGGGUAGCCUGCUGGAAAGACAGGACUUCUCCCCUGAGGAGCUGCGGGCUGCCCUGGGCAGCGCCCGAAGCUCACGCCAGCCCGAUGGGCUCCUUCGGAAGGGUUUGAGCCAGCGAGAGCUCCUCAGCUACCUUCACCUGGCCAAGAAGGACUCCAAGGCCACCAAACGCUGGCCAUCAGGGGGGUCUCACCGGCAGGGGGAUGAUGACCACCAUAGCAACUAUUCUGGUCUCUACUACCGGGAGCACCCCCGGGGGGCUGACUUCACUAAGACUUCUCUGCCUGAGCGAGGCCGCUUUGAUAAGUGUCGUAUCCGACCCUCGGUCUUCAAACCAACGGUAGGUACAGGAAAGAGCUUCCUGUCCAUGCAGAGCCUGGCAGCCCACAAGGGCCAGAAGUUGUGGAAGAGCAAUGGUAGCCUCCAUACACUUGUGUGCAACCCACCCCUGAGCCCUGGUCCCCAGGCCAGCCGUGCUCGGGCCCAGCUGCUGCAGGCACUAAGUCUGGACGAAGGUGGCCCCGACCCUGGCCUGUCUGAUUCCUCCAGUGGCGGCAGCGGCGGCCCUGGCCCCUUCAGUGCCUCUGUGGGACACGUCAACCACCUUGGGGGCUCCCUGGACCGAGCUGCCCGAAGCCCUAAGGAACAGGCAAUGAUGACUGUUGGUGAAAUGGGGCCAUUGAGUUGCCUGCCCGAGCCCCCACCCCCCUACGACUUCACUUACACUGCUCAGAUAGCCCAGGACUCGGUGGCCCUGCGGCAGGGCCAGCCUGGGGUUGGGGGACUAUCGGAGCUGAAAGGAGGCCUCAGUGACGAUGAUGGCCCCAGUCCUUUUGCACAGGAGCUGGAGGACAGGCAGCAGCUGUGGCUGGCCGAGCUGAAGCGGCUCUAUGACGAGAAGCUGCAAGAGAUGGCCCAGAAGGCUGAACGGAACGAACGGAGCCUCCAGCUACAGCUCUUCAUGGCUCAGCAGGAGCAGCGGAGGCUGCGGAAAGAGCUCAGUGCCCUUCAGGGCCUGGCCAAGGAGCCUCCACACUCCCCGGAGAGCACCAGUCCCAGUCUGGAGGAGGAGGCCAAGUGGGAGGUGGGUCAGAAGACCUCAGAAAUCUCUCUGUUAAAGCAGCAGCUGCGGGAGGCCCAGGCAGAACUGGCCCAAAAGCUAGCCGAGAUCUUCAGCCUGAAGACAAAACUGCGAAGCAGCCGGGCCCAGGCCGAGGCCAAGGACAGUGAGCUGGCCCGGCUCAGGGAUACCCUCUGCCACCAGAGCCCCCAGGAUGACCCAGGCCCAGGAGAACUGCCUGACGGGGGCUGUGAAACAGAUGAUUCCAAGAGCCAGGGACUUCGGGGGGAGGUGGGCAGUGGUGGGGCAGAGCGGCUGUGGACCGAGCUGCAGCGGGAGCGCCAGCAAGGCCGGGAACAGGCCCUGCUCUUUGAGCAGGAGAGGAGGACAUGGCAGGAGGAGAAGAACAGGGUCCUGCGUUACCAGCGGGAGAUCCAGGUUGGGGGCCCAGAAAUGGAGCAGUGUGCAUGUGUGGAGCGAGAACUUGACAAAGUUCUGCAGAAAUUCUUAAGUUACGGACAGCACUGUGAAAAGAGCUUAGAGGAGCUGCUGCACUAUGUGAGCCAGCUGCGGGAGGAACUCACCAGUGCAGCUCUUCAGGGGACGCCUCUCUCAGCCACACUUUCUGUAGUGAUGUCUCAGUGCUGCCGGAAAAUCAAGGACACAGUGCAGAAACUUGCAUCAGACCAUAAGGACAUUCACAGCAGUGUUUCCAGAGUGGGCAAAGCCAUUGACAGGAAUUUUGAUGCUGAGAUUUGUGGUGUGGUCUCCGAUACUGUGUGGGACUCUCGAGAGAAGCAGCAGCAGAUUUUGCAGAUGGCAAUUGUGGAGCACCUCUACCAGCAGGGCAUGCUGAAUGUUGCUGAGGAAUUGUGUCAGGAAUCAACUCUGAAUGUGGACUUGGAUUUUAAGCAACCUUUCCUGGAGCUAAAUCGGAUCCUGGAAGCUUUGCAUGAACAAGACCUUCGACCAGCUUUAGACUGGGCCAUUGCAAAUCGGCAGCGCCUACUGGAGCUAAAUAGCUCCCUGGAGUUUAAGUUGCACCGACUGCACUUCAUCCGUCUCCUGGCAGGGGGCCCGGAGAAGCAGCUGGAAGCCCUGAACUAUGCACGGCACUUCCAGCCCUUUGCACGGCUGCAUCAACGGGAGAUCCAGGUGAUGAUGGGAAGCCUUGUAUAUCUCCGGUUGGGCAUUGAGAAGUCUCCCUACUGUCACCUCUUGGACAAUAGUCACUGGGCAGAGAUCUGUGAGACCUUUACUCGAGAUGCCUGUGCUCUUCUUGGACUAUCCGUGGAGUCCCCCCUCAGUGUCAGCUUUGCCUCUGGGUGUGUGGCACUGCCCGUGUUAAUGAACAUCAAAGCAGUGAUUGAGCAGAGACAGUGCACGGGAGUCUGGAGCCAUAAGGACGAGCUGCCUAUUGAAAUUGAACUGGGCAUGAAGUGCUGGUACCACUCUGUGUUCGCCUGCCCCAUCCUUCGCCAGCAAACUUCAGAUUCCAAUCCACCUAUCAAACUCAUCUGUGGUCAUGUCAUCUCUAGGGAUGCCCUCAACAAGCUCAUUAAUGGAGGAAAACUGAAAUGCCCUUACUGCCCUAUGGAGCAGAACCCAGCUGAUGGCAAACGUAUCAUAUUCUGAAAACAAGGAAGUCAGCUCAUUUGGUAAAGGGGACUUUCCCAAUGCCUCGGCUGGCCUUUCAUAGGGUAGAUGAGACCCAGGGAUGGAGAUGCCGUGAUAGCCCCUUUCCAUGGUGUUUUGAAAUGCUGGCUGAGAACAGCACUCCGUAGGAGUUGGGGAGGCAAGGUCCUUUUGUUAGCCCCAAAAAUCUGUGUUACAAAGGAAGAUCUGUGGUUUGGGGGUGUUUCUUCACUCUUUGGCUGUUGUCUGCUAAGCAGAGAACUGAACUCCAGUGGAUGGCUGCACUUUGGGCACAGACAUUAUCCCUGCUUCAGCACCUCUGAUGCCUUUCCUUGUUCUGUUCUCCCUUCCGAAGCCCACAUCUUACAUGCACUCCUGUGCCAGUUGUUUUGCUUAGUGUCAGUUUGAAGUAGCAACAAAUGUGUAACAACAAGAUAUAUUUCUCCACCUCUUUCCCCUUCUGUUAUCUUGCACUGCAGUUUGUGUAUUUAGAUCUAGCUCUACAACCUUAGGCCAGCCCAGGUGUGGUGCCAGCCGCUUACUACUGUACAGUGUUUCAAUUGUAUUUACAGGUUUUACAAUGUAAAUAGUCUAGGUAGACUUGGAUGCAGCUGUUUUAUAACUUUGAACAAAUAAAUCACUUGCCUUCUCUGUAA